AAUCAAUGCUCUUUCCAUCAGUCUUUCUACCAUUCCCGAAUAAUUCAUCCCCACAAAAUAACCUGCAACCAUGAAGUGGCUAGCAUUUAUUUCUUUUAUUUUCCUCUUCAGUUUUGCUAUAUCCAGAGAUCUGAAAAGAUCUGCUAGAGAUGCAGAACACAAGAGUGAGAUUGUCCACCGUUUCAACGAUUUAAAGGAAGAGAAAUUUAAAGGAGCUGCCCUGAUCACAUUUGCUCAGUUUCUCCACAAGUGCCCUUAUGAAGAGAUAGCUAAACAGGUGAAGGAUGUCGUGGAUCUUGCACACAAGUGUGUUGCCAAUGAGCAGGACCCAGAGUGUUUGAAACCAGUGCCUACUAUUGUCCUGGAUGAGAUCUGCAAAAUAGAUAUGCUUGGUGAAGCAUAUGGUGAAAUGGCCAACUGCUGUAGAAAAGCCGACCCUGAAAGAAAUCAGUGUUUCCUGUCAUUCAAACAUUCUACUCCAGGGUUCCUUCCUCCAUAUCAAAGACCCGAGCCUGAAGUAAUGUGCAAGAAAUUCCAAGAAAACAAAGAGUCGUUUAUGGCACAUCACAUCUAUGAAGUCUCAAGACGGCACCCGUUUCUUUAUGCCCCCACAAUCCUUGCUCUGGCUGUUGAAGUUGAGCAUGCAAUUGAACACUGUUGCAAAGAGGCCAACGCUGGUGUUUGCUUGGAUGAAAAGCUCCCUUUGAUAAAGGAAAGAGUCCUACUUCUGAGCAAGAAGAACACCUACAACUGUGGAAUCCUGAAGAAGUUCGGAGAAAGAACUUUCAAGGCAGAUACUCUUGCUAUAAUGAGCCAAAAAUUUCCUAAGGCUUCAUUUCCAGAGAUUCACAAAAUUGUAAAGGAGAUCACACAUCUCCAUGUGGAGUGUUGUGCUGGCGACAUGAUCGAAUGUACAGAUGACAGGAUAGAGAUUGUGAACUAUAUCUGCUCUAAACAAGACGUCUUCUCCAGUAAAAUAAAAAAUUGUUGUGAGAUGCCAGUGGUGGAACGAAGUGAGUGUGUUGUUAGGGCAGGGUUUGAUGACACACCUGAAGGCUUGCCCUUGCUAGCUGAGAAGUACGUAGAGGACAAGGAGGUGUGCAAACACUUUGCUGCAGAGCAUGAUGUCUUCAUGGCACAAUUUCUUUAUGACUAUUCGAGAAGGCAUCCUGAGUUCUCUGCUCAGAUGCUUUUGCGGAUUGCUAAGGGAUACGAAGCCAUCCUGGAAGUAUGCUGCAAAACAGAGAAUCCUUCUGAAUGUUACAGUCACGCAGAAGAAAAACUCAGGAGUUACAUCCAGGAGACUCAGGAAAUAGUCAAAACUAACUGUGCUCUCCAUGCCAGCUUGGGAGAAAAUGGCUUCCUAAAAGCUAUGCUUGUCCGCUACACCAAGAAAAUGCCUCAGGUGUCACCUGAAACAUUGAUUGAAAUCUCAAAGAAAAUGGCAGCCGUUGGUAGCAAGUGCUGCCACGAAACAGAAUCUAGACGCAUACCUUGUUCAGAAAGACAUCUGAGUGUGGUGAUUCAGAAUAUGUGCAUGAGACAGGAGGCUACACCUAUCAAUGAAAAAGUCACACACUGCUGUGAUGACUCAUAUGCUGACAGGAUACCAUGUUUCACCAAGAUGGGAGUUGAUGAAAGCUACAAGCCCCCUCAAUUCACCCCUGAACUGUUCACCUUCCAUGAAGAUUUGUGCACUGCUCCUGCUGAAACACAGCAAAUAAAACAGCUAACAUUCCUUGUCAACCUCAUUAAACUAAAGGUCACUAUAACAGAUGAACAGCUACAGAAAAUCUUUACAGAUUUUACUGGCAUGGUAGAAAAGUGCUGCAAAGCUGAACAACACGAGGCAUGCUUUGGUGUAGAGGAUCCAAAACUGAUAGCUGAAAUUAAAGCCAUUUUAGGAAUUGUCGGAGUCUAAAGCAUUUCAGGUCACCAAAGGAGAAAGGUGAAAUUCAUCUAUGCAACUUCUCCUGUACUUUGCUUCCUGUCUCCCCCAACACUGACACGUGGUUUAGAAUGCUGUUUAAAAAAAAAUACUCAACGUUUUAUGGACCACAGAUUCUUCAGAAACUUCUCAGAUGUUAACAAUAAAGACAAGUUUUUAAAAAGUC